GCAGUGGGGCCAGUGGAGCCCAUCUCCGGCAGGGCUGGGCAGGAAGCGGGGCGGGGUUAGGAGGGCCAAGCUGAAGUAGGUUCUGGUACCAUAGGACAGCUGCAGCCCAGACCAGCCAGCCCACAGGGAAAGAUGCCUGGGGGUCAGGGAGUCUUCCGAGCCCUUCCUGCCGCCAUCUUCCUCCUCUUCUUGGUCUCAGGAAUGGGCCCUAGGUGCCAGGCCCUGCGGGUGGAGCCAGGUCUGCCCUCGGUGACGGUGAAAGUGGGGGACGAGGCCCGCCUCCAGUGUCUAUACAAAGACAGCAAGCCCGGCAGUCAACCCAAGGUCACCUGGUGGCUCGCUCUCCAAAGCAAUCAAACGUGGCCCCCCAAACGCCUGGACUAUGACAACCCCAAGGGUGAGCUGGUCAUCUCACAAGCAAACAAGAGCCAUGGGGGCAUGUACUUCUGCCGUGUGGAGGAGGAUAACAAGACGCAGGAGUCCUGUGGCACCUACCUCCGAGUGCGAGAGCCACUCCCCAGACCCUUCCUGGACAUGGGGGAGAGCACCAAGAACAACAUCAUCACAGCUGAGGGGAUCAUCCUGCUGUUCUGCGCCGUGGUGCCUGGGACACUGCUGCUGUUCAGGAAACGCUGGCAGAACAUGAAGUUCGGGGCAGAUGCCCAGGAUGACUAUGAAGAUGAAAAUCUUUAUGAGGGCCUGAACUUGGAUGACUGCUCCAUGUACGAGGACAUCUCCAGGGGCCUCCAGGGCACCUACCAGGAUGUGGGUAGCCUCCACGUUGGAGAUGUCCAGCUGGAGAAGCCGUGACCAACAGGAGCCUGCUAUGCUCCAUCUGCAGUGGCACCCUGUGAUCCUGGAACCUGCUCUUUCCUACAAGUGUCCUGAGUCACUUCCCUUUGGGUCCACUCUUCCCUUCAAACUGUCUUCUAACCCUGUACCAGCACCCUGACUCAAUCCUUUCCUUCAACCCUCCCCCUCCUUCUUUCCCUGGCCCCCAGCUCUGCGCAUAAUGAGCCCUUAAUUGCUGCCUCCAGGGGCACUGAUGGCAGCAGCCUCGUUAGUGUCACCUCCCCUCUGCUCUGUCAUGGCCACUUAGUGAUAAUAAAUCCUUCCU